UUUUUCCAACUUUUUUUCCUGGCCAUUUUUUUUCUACAAAUCCUUUUGUUUCACUGUUUUCUUUAUCCCAAUGAUAGGUACUCAUCUGAUAACAGUGAAAGCAGCUGGCUUCGCUCGCUGUUUGUGCGGAAAGUGGAUCCUCGCAAAGAUGCGCAUUCAACUUUGCUUUCUAAGAAGGAGACCAGUGGACUGUACAAAAUGCAGUUUCAUAAUGUAAAGCCAGAAUGCUUGGAUGCCUAUAACCAGCUGACAGAAGAGGUCCUACCCAAGUUGCACCAGGAUCCAGAUUACCCAUGUGAUCUGGUGGGUAAUUGGAACACGUGGUAUGGAGACCAAGACCAAGCAGUUCAUCUAUGGCGAUUCUCUGGGGGAUAUCCUGCUCUCAUGGACUGUAUGAAUAAAUUGCGAAAUAACAAGGAAUACUUAGCUUUCCGUGAGGAGCGCAGCCGCAUGCUUCUCUCACGCAGAAACCAGCUUCUUCUCGAGUUCAGUUUCUGGAAUGAACCAGUACCUCGUAAAGGACCCAACAUCUAUGAAUUGCGCACAUACAGGCUAAAGCCAGGAACAAUGAUUGAAUGGGGAAAUAACUGGGCUCGUGCAAUAAAGUACCGCCAGGAGAAUCAGGAGGCUGUUGGAGGAUUUUUUUCUCAGAUUGGAGAGUUAUAUGUGGGUGCACCACCUUUGGGCUUACAAAGAUCUACAGUCUAG